UCCAAUUGUCUCAAAUGGCCAAGGUUCAUCCUCAAACCUUCCCCUGUUCUUCUUCUUCUUGCUCUUCUCCUUCGAUGGAGAUAACAUCAAGGAGAGAGGUUUAUACUCUAUGGAUGAGAUCACUGGUGUUCCAUGGGAACGGUUGCACCGUAUAUGAUUCCAAUGGUAGGAUUGCUUACCGGGUCGAUAAUUAUGCUUGCAAGUGCAGCGACGAAGUGUUCUUCAUGGAUCACAGUGGCAAAGUACUGUUUAAGAUACUUAGAAAGAGAUUUAGAGUGUUCGGGGUAUGGGAAGGCUAUAGAUGCACAGACUCGGGGCUGGAAGAGAAGAAACCCUGGUUUAGAGUCCGGAAGGCUCGCCGGUUUCUGUGGAGAGACCGUUCCGGCGAAACCACUGCAUGGGUUGGCCGCGGGAAGGAGUAUCAAAUAGGAGGGCGGGCACGCAAGUCGGAAUGCAGGAUUAUGGACAUGGCCGGAGAGCUGGUAGCUGAGGUAAAGAGGAAGCAAACAGCCUCUGGGGUGGUUCUGGGAGAGGAUGUUUUGAGUCUGGUGGUGGAGCCCAGUGUAAAUCAUUUGCUCGUUAUGGGACUUGUGGUAGUUUGUGGUCUGAUCAACCACAGCUUGUGAGAAGGACUUUUUUUUUUGUUGCUUGAGCGAAUUGGAGUUCUUUGCAUGCUGAAUAAUAUGGUGCUGCAUUUGCUGACAUGGAUAAAAAGGUUGAGGUAAAGGAAAAGGAUUAGGAAGCAGGUGUAGCAGGGCAGUUUUAUUAAUACAUACAUUCAUUUGUUCAACCAUUGUGACAUUUAUUU